AUGUCGGCCCUCGCAGACAAGUUCCGCAACAUCCCCAGCACUUCCUCCUUGCCCGCAUACUCGAACGCGACGGAGGUCGAACUGGCUGAAAUCUCACCCUCGACAUCGAGUUCCAGCCUCCCGCCCGCCUACGAUGACGCCACCGCCACGGCUUCGGCCUCGGCAGACAGAGACGAAACGGCCAGCAGCUUGACACAACCACCACGAGAAUCCUUCACUCCCACGGUCCACUUCCAAAUCGAGACCUUGGGAAAGCAAUGGCUCUCGUUGCCCGUCGGCACCCGCCCGGACCCGAUUCCGGUCUACCGUGUUGAGGCGGGAUCCUGGGCCCCGGCAUCGACCCCGGCGUACGUCUCCCUCCGAUUCGCCCGCAGCGACAACAGCUGCCACCUCGUGAGAGGCGACGACGAAUCGCAGGUGCCGGUAUGCACGACGCUCUACCGCUUCGGGCCGGGCAAACCGCCCGUCUUCCGCCUGCCGCAGUCGCUCGUCUCUCCGCACGCCUCUCCCGAGUCCCCAGCGUCCUCUUCAAGCGAGCUCCAGCACGGGGACGAUGGAUCUAGGGAAGACGGGGGACUGGACCUCCAGAUAGUGUCAAAGUCCCUCACGACACGCACCCAGGUCCUCAAGACGCCCCUGGGGACAUUCCGAUGGCGCUACGCCUCGCGCCGGGAGCGCGCCGCGGUCACGGGGGCCGACAACCUCCUCAUCUGCGAGCUCGUGCAGAAUGUCGCGCUGGCGGGCGGGAAGAAGACCGAGGAGAAGACGACGAGGAUCGCGCAGUUUGUGCGCGGCGCGGAGACAAGGACGAAGGGGUCCGGACGCAGCACGGCGGGGAACGGGGGCAGGUUGAUGGUUGACUUGGCGAGGUGGGCGGACCUGAAAGACGGUGCGAGAGACGCGGUCGAGGUGCUUGUUGUUGCGAGUUGUGUGUGCAUGUUGAAGAAGGAGGUCGAUCGGAGGAGGGUGCAGCAGAUGAUGAUCAUCGCCGGAGGAGCUUCUGGGGGUGGUUGA